AUGGCUGCUCCAUCUCAGAAUUUUAUCCAGCUCGCGAAAGCGCUGCCCGAGCCCCUGCAGCGCUUCUUCGCGCGCUGGCCACCGGCCGCCAUCCUGCCCACAGGCAACACAGCACCUACGCCUACGCGAUACCAAGAAGAGCGACCGAACCCAUUUCAACGAUAUAAGAACCCAGAAACCGGUGCAUGGCAGGACCCUGUGUACUCCAACCGACGGCAAGCGGAGCUGCACAAAAUGGCCAAGGAGCAUGGCGUUGAGCAUCUCCUUCCAGAGUCAAACAAGGCGGCCGAGACCAGGUUGGCGCAUCGCGUCGAGCAUGGUCUCAGGGUCAAGGGUACUGGUGUCGGACAGAAGGUCAAGGGCCAUAUCCAUGAGAGGCACAUGAUCUCAAAGAUGGAGAAGAAAAGAACAGCAAUGCUGGAGAUGCCACAGCUCAUCAAAUCUUUCAAGAAGGUACUGUACAUGUAUCUGCGAGUGUUAAAUGUCAAGAUGUUGAUCGAUGACCAGCAAGAUCCAACAGCACUCGUCAAGAAAGCUUACCACCGUGCCCUCCUCCAGAAUCACCCCGACAAAGCCGCAGCUUCCCAGAAAGCAAUCUUCAGCGUCGAUCAGAUUACACAAGCGUAUAAUGUGAUAUCAUCGCCAGUGCAACGCGCUUCGUACGAUGCUUCGCUACGCCUUGAGCCCCAGACGAACAGCGGCUUCACAACAAAAUUUCAGACUGGUGUGGAGAACGUCGACCUUGACGACUUGGCCUUUGAUGAGACAGAGGAUUGCUGGUAUAGAUCAUGUCGUUGUGGCAAUGAUAGGGGCUAUCGGUUCCGGGAGGACGACCUCAUGGAAGCUGAGGAAGACGGAGAACUCAUGGUGGGAUGCCUGGAUUGUAGCUUGUGGCUGAGAGUUCAUUAUGCGGUCCUAGAAACAGACGACUGUGAAUCACCCACCAAUCAGAAGCAGAAUUGA